UAUAUAAAUAUUCUUAAAUUUGUUUUAAUUAGUUAUGAAUAAAUAAACACAUUGGAUCACUAAAUAUUUUUGUACGUUUAGUUUAUAAAAAUCUCACUGUCAUCAAGUGAUAUAGAAACACUACAAUCUGCACGGUGAAAAACCUUCAUUAUUUACCUCAGGGUUCAGCACGCACGUGUGUUUUGUAUAGUUAAAAUUUAUACAAACUGUAAUUUUUAAGAAUAAUCCAUGUUAAAAUGUCGCGUCUUAUAGUUAAAAAUCUUCCGAAUAAGGUUACUGCCGAGUAUCUGAAAGAAAUAUUCUCGCAAAAGGGUGAGGUGACCGACGUCCAGCUGAAAUACACAAAAGAUGGAAAGUUCCGGAACUUUGGUUUCGUGGGAUUCAGGACGGAGGAGCAGGCAGCAGCGGCCAGGGAGUACCUGGACGGGUCCUGCGUGCGGUCCAUGAAGAUCGACGUGCAGGUGUGCGCCAACCUCGGCGACGAGGCGAAGCCCCGCGCCUGGAGCAAGUACGCGCCCGACAGCACCGCCUACAAGAAGCUGCACAAGGACGAAACACAAGACUCUGCAAAAGCACAGAAAAAAGAAAAGAAAUUAGUCAAAAAUAAAAACAAAAUUGUUGAACUACUCAAAAAGCACAAAAAUGAUCCUCUAUUUGCUGAAUUCAUUGAAGCUCACACAAAUGAAAAGUCAAGCUGGAUCAAAGAAGCCUUGGAGAAAGCAAAUAAAAGUGAUGAUGAUGAAGAUAGUGGAGUUGAUGAGGAAAAACAGCCAGAAACUGAUGACAAACCUGAUGAAACUACUUCAAAGAUGAAGGAAACUCCUCCAGCAAACAAAGAAAAGCUUGCGGACAAGAAAAUAAGUGAUUUAGAGUAUAUGAAAACUUUAAUGAAGAAGGUUGGUGUGCCUGAUGUAACUCCUAAACCAGUUGCUGAGCCUGAAGAUGAUAAGCCUAAGAAAAUCAGGAACAGACCAUUGUUUUAUGUUAAGAUUACAGGUCUACCAUUCAAAUGUAAGAAGAAAGAUGUUAAAGACUUGUUUAGACCCCUGGUUCCUUACUCUAUAAGACUCCCUUUGGGCAAAGGCAAGAAAUUGGCAGGUUUCUGUUAUGUUGGCUUCAGGACUGAGGCAGAGUUGAAGAAGGCAUUGAAUAAGGAUAAACUUUUUGUUGGUAGUCAUAGGAUCAAUGUGCACAAAUAUGAAGAUCAGGCUAAAAAGGUGGCCGAAGAGGAAGAGCAGACUUGCAGACGGAAAGAACAGGAAAAAAACAAUAUGGAAGAAAGUAUUGGAGAGAGUGGAAGCAUCUUUGUGAGGAAUCUGGCCUAUGUCGUGUCUGAAGAAGAACUCACACAGUUAUUUGAAAAAUAUGGCCCGCUAGCAGAAGUCAACAUGCCGAUAGACCCUGUCCUCCGGCAGCCGAAGGGCUUCGCGACGGUGACGUACGUGAUGCCGGAGCACGCGGCGCGCGCGUACACGGAGCUCGACGGCAGCGCCUUCGCCGGACGCAUGCUGCACCUGCUGCCCGCCAAGACCGAGAAACUUGAGGAGGAUAGUGGGGAUGAGGGUCUAUCAUUCAAGGAGAAGAAGGCGAAGCGGCUGAAGGCGCAGGCGAAGUCGUCCCACAACUGGAACACCCUGUUCCUGGGAGCCAACGCCGUGGCCGACGUGGUGGCCGCCGCCUACAACACCACCAAAGAACAACUGCUCACGGAUAAUAACAAAAAUACAAGCGCCGCUGUCCGGUUAGCUCUCGGUGAAACUCAAUUAGUAACACAAACAAGACACUUCUUAGAAAAUAACGGAGUUUAUCUAGACGCUUUCAACAAACCUGCAAGUAGGCGAUCGAAAACCUGUAUACUUGUGAAAAACCUACCAGCUAACACGGAUAAGGAAGAAGUGAAGUCACUGUUCCAAAAGCAUGGCCCCCUGGCGAGGUUCGUGAUGCCAGAACACGGGAUCACCGCUCUGGUUGACUUCGUUGAACCUUUCGAAGCCAAGAAAGCCUUCACAAAGUUAGCGUACUCUCAGUUCAAAUCCUCGCCUCUCUAUUUGGAAUGGGCGCCAGAAAAUAUAUUCGUCAAACCUGCCGAUAAAAAUGUAAUUGUAGAAACCAGUAAAUCUAACGAUUCUACAGAAGCUGUAGUGAAACCAAGUUCUAAUAGCAAACCGAGUAAAAAAGUUGAAGAAAGUAAUAAAGUUGAGAUAAGAAUAGAAGAACCAGAAGAAGAUCUGGGUGAACCCGAAAACGACACUACAUUAUUUGUUAAAAAUGUGAACUUCAGAUCUACUGACGAGGAUUUGCGAAAUCACUUCGCGGAGUGUGGCAAGAUACACAGCGCUACUAUAGCUAAGAAAAAGGACCCCAAAAAUCCUGGACAGUACUUAUCAAUGGGCUACGGGUUUGUUCAGUUUUACAAAAAGGAAGAUGCUAAUGAAGCUCUAAAAAAAUUACAGUGCUCUACUUUAGAUGGAAAAACAAUAGAAUUGAAACGAUCGGAGCGAGGAAAUACAAAUGACGUGAAGGUAGCUAAGAAGAGUAGUAAAGACACAAAACAGAAUGGAACCAAGAUACUCGUGCGGAAUGUGCCCUUCCAGGCCAACAGCAGCGAACUUCACGAGAUAUUCAGAGCCUUCGGUGAAAUAAAGACAUUAAGGUUGCCUAAGAAACUAACGCCAGGUGCUGAACAACAUCGGGGCUUCGCGUUCGUGGACUACCAUUCCAAGGCUGAUGCAAAGAGUGCAUUUGAUGCUCUCUGCCAGUCCACUCAUUUGUACGGGAGGAGGAUGGUGCUGGAGUGGGCGGAUCAAACUGACGAGAACGAAGACGUGGCCGCCCUGAGGAAGCGGACGGCGCAGGCCUUCCACGCCAAGACCCCAGGCGGGAAGAAGUCACGGAAGGGCGCCGUAGACGUAGAGGAGUUUGUGGAAGGAUAGGUUACAUAAGUUAAAUGUUAUAUUUGUAGACAUAUUUAUAAAAUAAAAAGCCAAACGAUAUACA